AUGGAUGAGCGCUUGUUCGCCCGUGACAUCAUCAAGCUCUACCCGCCUCAAUCUUUUCCAAGCGCUGUCUCGUCUGGCAUGUACUUCGUCACUUUUGUCAACAAAGCGUUGGUGCUUUUCGUCGAACAGUAUUUUCACCACGCUCUUUAUGGGAUGUACAUCAUCUACCUCCUCUUCGGCAAUGCCAAUUUCCAGGCCAUAGUCUUUCGCGAUUCUGCGUGUGCUCGUGAGGGGCUGUUCAAGAUCUCGGAGGUCAUCGAGGGCGUUGAUUUGAUUGAGGACAUUCAAUUGAGAAGGGUCGUCGACACGUCCCACGGCUGGAAAUCCAUGCGCUGA